ACGUGAUCAUAACAACACAAAUUGCCGCGAAAACUUCUGAAUAACGCUGGAAAAUUGCUAGCUGUACUUUAUCUUUAAAAAGCUUUCAAACAAGUUUAUAAUGUUCUGCGAAAAGUCAGUGGAGCUCAUUAGAGAGCUUCAUCGGAUGGGCGACGGCCAGCUGCCUGCUUUUAAUGAAGACGGUCUUCGGCAGGUUCUGGAGGAAAUGAAGGCUCUGUACGAGCAGAAUCAGACUGAUGUGAACGAGGCAAAGACAGAGGGCAAGAGUGAACUAAUUCCAUCCAUCAAGUUUCGCCACAGCUGCCUGUUGAGGAACCAGCGCUGUAUUGCCGCAUAUUUAUACGACCGCCUCUUGCGAAUCCGUGCCCUCAGAUGGGAAUAUGGCAGUGUAUUACCCACCAACAUUAGAUUUCAUAUGUGUGCUGAAGAGAUGGAGUGGUUUAAUCAGUACAAAAAGUCCUUGGCAACUUAUAUGAGGUCAAUCGGGGGAGAAGAAGGCUUGGACAUCACACAGGAUAUGAAGCCCCCGAAGAGUUUAUACAUUGAGGUGCGCUGCCUUAAAGACCAUGGGGAAUUUGAAAUAGAUGAUGGCACCGUGAUUCUGUUGAAGAAAAACAGCCAGCACUUCUUACCCAGAUGGAAAUGUGAGCAGCUCAUUCGGCAGGGUGUAUUAGAGCAUGUCAUCUCCUAACGAGAAGCAGCCGUACUGUGGAUACUUUAACGUAAAUUGACUCGACAUUUAGUUGAUCUGGUUGUCCAAUCAGAAAGCAGCAUGUUGUUCACAGGUAAAACUUUACUUGGUCACAUUCUUUACAAUGGAAAAAAAACAAAUACAUGAUGCAUUUACCACAGCCGUGUCUCACUUUCAUCUCCCAACCUUUAGCCAGCUUCUUUUAGACACACAACUGUAACAAUUACAAUAACUUAUAUCAAAGUGGACUUUAGUGCAUCAUGAUUGUGCCUUUAAAAUAUAGCAUUUGUAUCAAAACUGUACAUCGUGUGAAUACUGUGCUUUUGGUUAUUGCACCAAAAUGGGCAUUAAAACAGCAAUAAAAAGAAGUCUUUUACUAGCAAAUACUUACAAGGAUGUCUGGGCUUCAUACCCUAAAUCACAGUAAACAAAAGAAUGUGUAAUGCUUAUUUCUUAGAUUAUCAAAUGCUGUA